CGGACGGCAUCUUCGCGCCGCUGAAGCGAACAAAGGCACUGGCAGGGGGGUGUCCGUUUUCUUCCUCUCCCGUCCACACUGACAACGUAUCGCGCACGAGCAUCAGAACUGCCUCUUGUGGUAUUGCUGCCUUCGAGAUUCUCUCGGAGUUUUCCGUCACAGACGUGCGUUAAGUCACCCGCCAGGUAAAGCGCCUCCUUCCGUCACUCUUCAACGAAGCCCUUGCGCUAAGACGACGCUGUCCAUCAUACCAGGGUCCAGGAGGAGUGAGAGCCGUCUGGGGUCUGAGUACAUCGAGUAACUCGGAACUAUACGCCCGCGUCUGCCGACGGUCAAGUCUACACGUCACUCACUCCCCGUUCACUCCCCAUUCACGCACAGCGCACGCAUCAUAUCGUACGCGAUAUGAAUAUCCUGGAACUCCAUGUCUGGGGCCCGGCCUUCGGCCUCCCCUCCAUCGACGCCGAGUGCCUUGCCGCUAUCGCAUACCUCCACACAGCCCUCCCAAGUUCCCAAUGGCGCCUGGUCCCAAGCAAUGACCCUGCUGUUGACUCAUCGAACCGCCUCCCCGCCCUCAACGCCAACGGCGUCUGGGUAACGGGAUACACCGCCAUCGCCUCUCACCUCGCCUCCCUCUCGCCGCACUCCCCCUCCUGGGACCUGGACCUGGACUCGCGCCUCACCCCGUCCCAGCGCGCCGACACCCUCGCCUACGGCGCCUACGUCGACGCCCACCUCGCACCCCUCCUAGACGCCGCCCUGUACGGCACCCACGAGAACUGGGCCGCCGUCACCCGCCCCGCCCUGAGCCACCUCCUCGGCUUCCCCCUGAGCUGGACCGUCCCCGGCAUGCUCCGUAACCAGGCCGUCGCCCGGUGCGCCCAUCUCGGCCUCGGCUCGUUGGGCGCCGAGGACGACGAGUCGGGUGCCGACCCCCAGGGCAGCGCGCUGGACCGCGCGGCGAAGCACCUCCCCGUCUCCACCAGGAAGAGCGUCCUCGAGGAGAUGAAGGCCGGCACCGCGCGGGGCAUCAAGCUGCACGCCAUCACCGCCGACGCCUUGACGCCGCUGGAGGAGCUCCGCGCCCGGGGCGAGGAAACGCCCGGGGAGAAGAAGCGCCUCUUUGGCGGCGAGGUGGCGACGUCUCUUGACUGCCUCGUCGUCGGGUACCUCGCCCUCAUCCAAGAGGUCGAGCUCCCCCAACCCUGGCUCCGCACUAUCCUCGAGAAGAGGUUCCCACACCUGACCGCCAUGGCCACCCACCUCCGCGACGAGUGCCUCACGGGGCCCGGUGUUCUCCCCUGGGUCGCGGCCCCCGAGUCGGCCCUCCGCACGGCGGCCCGCUUCCUCGACAACGUCGUGCAGGCGACGCCGAACCUCGGCGAGGCCUACCUCCAUGAGUGGCGGCGCCGCGCAGAGGCCAAGACCAAGGGCGUGGCGGACCAGAGGACGCUCGCUCUCGCGGGCGGGGUGUUGGCGGCCGGCACUGCCAUCGCGUACGGGGUGUGGGCGUACCGCAGCCUCCCGCCUUGGGGCAUGCGGACGCAUACUUGGGCGGCUGAGAAGAGGGGCCUGAACAGGUUUGGCGACCUGGGCGCCAUGCUGAACUUCUCGCUGGGGCUUGCGGACCCGGUGCCGCAGGCAAGUCCGGCUGCAGCCGGAUGGGGCGGGGGCUUCGGGUCGGAGCACAGAGUGGUUGAGUCGGAGCUGGCCGUCGACUAGAGGGCGAAGCACUCGCGUGGGAAGCGGCCGGUGGCCGAAGAGACGGUCUUGGCUAGGUACCAAAAACAGGGUAUCGGAAGGGCCGUCGCGGAUUAUUAAAGCGUAGCAAAAAUAGAAGAGCCGGGCAGGGCGCUCGCGACUCCAAAUAAGGGAUGGAAAAGGCACAAAAGUCUCCCAGU